AUGGCAACAACCACCGCCGCUGCCGCCGCCGUCAGCUCUCCGACCAAGAGGUCUUCCUCGGGGAAAGGAUUCAAACUCAGCCUUCCUUUACUCCGCUCCAUCCACACCAACAACAAACCCAAUAAGCCCAGCCCAAACCCCAGCCCCUCCGCCUCCCCGGCUCCGCCGCGCAAGGAGGCGGACCUGCUCCGGGUGUUCCGCCACUUCGACCGCGACGGCGACGGGAGGAUCUCCGCCGUGGAGCUGGGGAUGUACUUCGCGUCGACGACGGGGGAGGCGAUGUCGAGGGAGGACGCGGAGAGGGUGAUCGGGGAGUUCGACGGGGACGGCGACGGGACGCUGGGGUUCGGGGACUUCGUACGGAUGGUGGACGGCGGGGACGGGAAGGAGUUCGACGGGGAUCUCCGGCGGGCGUUCGAGAUGUUCGAGGAGGAUAAGGGGGAAGGGUGUAUUACCCCGAGGGGUUUGCAGCGGAUGCUGGUGCGGCUGGGGGAUCGGAAGUCGCUGGACGAGUGCACGGCGAUGAUCCGGCCGUUUGAUCUCGACGGCGACGGCGUGCUGGAUUUCCCCGAGUUUCAGAGGAUGAUGAACUGA